UGUACCACAUUUUUGAACGAGCUUUGUUUUUGCGCGCGUAGUUUAUUUUCAAACAGAUCGAAGUGUCCGAAAUUCUUGUUUUAUUCGUUUAAUACUGCAUUAAUUAUUCAGUUUAGUGAAUCAAUAUUGAAUUUUGUGUUCGCUAAAGUGUUGCCCAAAACCCCGUGAUGGAUCGCGAAGAGGUUCAAACCAAAAUGCAGCGUUCGUUGCGCAAGAAAAAGUACAAGGAGCUCCUGGAGGAGGGCGCUCAGCUGGGACUGAGGGCGGAAACGGCCGAUCCGGUGGAGACGUUCCAGGCCGUGCAGAAAAUCAUGGAAACGUCCAACGCGCUACAAAACGAGGGUCGCAUUAAGGAUCGGGCCGAGAAUGCCACCGAGGUGCUGAUGGAUGCCCAGGUGCUCCGGAUGAGUCACGAUGUGGUCCACGCCGCCAUGCAGAGGAUGGGCAAUUCGGAAUUCUUGGACGAGGAGUUCGUGGGGAUUAUCUUGUCCAGUUUCGAUUCCGAGCAGGGUAUCGAGAAUUGGGAAAAGCUCACGCGGGAAGCAGCGGCCGUCUUCCACAUGUCCAAGCACAGCCAGUCAUUGUACGGUGCAUUCGAACACGAACCCGUGGUAGUCCAAAAGGAAGCCAAACAGCGCGCUCAAAGGCAACGAACCGACUACGGGGAGGCCAAAAAACCAGACACCGUGGACAAGCUCCAGAAGAAGGAAAAAAGCGCCCAAAAGUUGAAUCUGAUCUUCAACCAGAUUCUGAAAAUCUACGAGCAGCGACGCAAACCGAUACCGUACUUUGAGUUGAUUAUCGAUCCGGAGGAUUUCAUGAAUACGGUGGACAAUGCGUUCCAAAUUUCGUUCCUGAUCCGCGACGGGCGAGUAGCUCUGCUGAACGACCCCAAUCACGAUCCGAUCAUCAGACCCACGACUCAGAAGGAAAACGAACAAGCUCAGCGGAUGACUGAAACGACACAGGCCAUUCUCGGACUGAACACAAGAAAGUGGAGGGAAAUGAUCGAGCGUUUCCAAGUCGACGAACCUUUGCUGAUCCUGAAUCGUGAAGAGCUGAACAUGACCCAAUCGCAGAAGUAAAUUAAGUAUAUCUAACUUAGUUUUUGAAGAAGAUAAAACAAACCUUCAUUCCUUUAUUUGCUGUUUAUACCCUGGAUUAGGGAUUCGUUGAUGUGAAGUUAUGUCAAGGAAUCGAAUUCGCAAUAUGUUGAGUUUUAUUUAGUUCGUCGCUAUACCUAUAAGUAUUUUAAACUCCAGAACUGUUAUGCAUUCGGAUAAGAUAUGUUAUAGAAUAAACCACAAAACUACCCAAGAUAAA